AUGGCGAACGACCCCAUGCGAGUGAAGCUGGAGCAGCUUGACGCUCUUUCGGGAGAAGCCGAGAACGACCCGGCGAAGUUCGGGCGGCUUCUGAACACCGCUAUGAGGGCGGGGGCUGCUGCUGGCGGAGACACUCAGCAGACGGAGGCCACGAUCGACGCGCAAGAGGAGCAGGACCUGAUGAAAGAACUCGAGUCUCAGCUCUACGGCUGCGAGAUGGACAUCUCCUCCCAGGACGCCCAGCCGACCCAGUACGAUCUGCCACCUGCUGACUUGCAGACAGAAGGUACAAAGGAUGGCUUUCAUGCCACGUUGGAGCAUCUCAUGCGUGAGGUCGGGCUCGAGGAACGCGAGGAUGAUGCGAUCAGAAAAUCUCCAAAGCGAGAGCUUGAAAUUGAUUUUGCCAGGGUCGCCAAGGAACUGGAGGAUGAAACCAUGUUGGCCAAGGAACAUGAGGAAGCUGAGAAAGCCAGCAGAAUGGCGAAGGAAAGGGAGGAAACUGAGAAAGCAAGGUUGGCCAAGGAAAAGGAAGAAGCUGAGAAAGUAAGCAAAAUGAUCAAGCAAAUGGAGGAAGCUGAGAAAGGCAGGUUGGCCAAGGAAAGGGAGGAAGCCGAGAAAGCCAUCAGAAUGGCCAAGGAAAUGGAGCAAGCCAAGCUGGCCAAGGAAAGGGAGGAAACUGAGAAAGCCAGGAUGGCCAAGGAAAUGGAGGAAGCCAAACUGGCCAAGGAAAGGGAGGAAGCUGAGAAAGUCAGGAUGGCCAAGGAAAUGGAGGAAGCCAAGCUGGCCAAGGAAAGGGAGGAAGCUGAGAAAGUCAGGAUGGCCAAGGAAAUGGAGGAAGCCAAGCUGGCCAAGGAAAGGGAGGAAGCUGAGAAAGCCAGGAUGGCCAAGGAAAGGGAGGAAGCCGAGAAAGCCAUCAGACUGGCGAAGGAAAUGGAGGAAGCCAAGCUGGCCAAGGAAAGGGAGGAAACUGAGAAAGCCAGGAUGGCCAAGGAAAUGGAGGAAGCCAAGCUGGCCAAGGAAAGGGAGGAAGCUGAGAAAGCCAGGAUGGCCAAGGAAAGGGAUGCCAGGUUGGCGAAGGAAAGGGAACAGUUCAGGCUGGCAAGAUUGGCCAAGGACAAGGAGGAGGCCGAACAUAUGAGAUCGGCCAAGGACAAGGCCAAGGAAAAGGAAGUCGACAUGGCAAGACAGGCGACAGAAAAAUACCAGGCUUUGCCGAUGAACGCGACAAAGUUGCAAAAGCUACAGCUCUUGCAGGACAUUAUGGCUACUGGGGAUGAGGGUUGCAAGCAGUUCUGCAAGGAUGAGCUUGCAAAACUGAUCAAGCCGAAGGCAGCAACGCCAGCUCCGGCCCCUACCAGUGAUGCCGAUCCUCCGGCCCCUACCACAACGGGCGCCGAUCCUCCGGCCCCUACCACCAGGGGUGCCGAUCCUCCGGCCGCUACCACCAGGGGUGCCGAUCCUCCGGCCCCUACCACCAGGGGUGCCGUUCCUCCGGCCCCUAAUGCCCCGACCUUUGAUGAUGUCAGUGCGAAGAUGGGUUGGUCAAGUCCUGCAACCCCACGCAUGGUGGAGGCACCUGGUACGCCAUCUCCUGCAACGCCUGGCAGUGCAAUCACAACGCCUGGCAGUGCAAAAACAACGCCUGGCAGUGCAAGCGACGGCUUGGUCCAAGGUUCUGCGCCACUCUACAACCGAAAGAACGCCGCCAUGUUCUUGAAUCGCCUGAAAGGCAACCCAAAGAGGAUGCAAGCCUUGCCUGAUGACUUGGCAAAGUUGGUGCGGGACGAAGAUUCAAAGAGCAAAGCCAUCGACUUGAUCGUCGCUGCAGGAGGAGACGAAAAUGAGCUGGUCGGGCAGUGGACUGCAUCGUCCAUUUCUGUGGGGACGGACAAGGAAAAGGGAAAGAUGAAACCUUUGACGGAACAGGAAUUGAUCGGCAAGUACGGUGCGGUCAAUGCUGCGAAGGUGAUGGAGGAAAAAAGGAAGGCUGGUUUGGAGGUUGAUGAUCCCAAUUGUAAAGGGCUGAAGCUUUACUUGCACAACGAGUGGCAGAGGGAAUGGACGAGAGGCACAGAAGAACGAAGCAGUUUCACUGCUUCCGGAGAAGUUCGUGCGGGUGACGCUGCCAACGUUGCACAAAUUCUCAGUGUGCCCCGGCGGGCGCUGACAGGGCCCGGCCAGGAUGAUGAGGACAAUGUGGACAUGGAGGAGGACCCAAAGCCACUUCCGAACAAAAAACCAAAGAAAGCCAGGAAAAAUGAAGCCAGCGGCAAAGAGAAAGAGGAAGACGGUGAAACUGAGCCGGAAGCACCACGAGUGGAGAAACUUACACCGCUGGACAAGGCGGCAGACUUAAGGGGGCGGGCCCUCUCGAAGGCCAACCACGCUGGCUCGAUGCGGAAGCAGUUGAAAGGAGUCAGCUAUGCGACUGAAUGCCUCAAGGAGAUGACCAACUUCGAGCAGGAGUUCCAGGCGAUCUACGACCAGGUGGACAAGCUCAUCUCUGAGCUGGUCCACGAUGAUGGGGUCUAUCUUCCCAUUGCUACCAGAUAUCUCGAUAUCGCGAAGCGUUAUGAGAGGCCCAGCAAGGUAGCAAACAGCUUGAUCCGAGCUGCGAAGGCGACUCCGAAGGAUCCAACCGCGCCCAAAGGAUCGGCUAAAGCCAAGUCCAAGAAGCGCAAAGCCGCGGAGGGAGCCUAG